AUGAACCCCAGUGCGCUGACGCUGGCGCCUGACAGCACCCACGUCAUUCAUAAUUUGUGCGUAGUGCUCAAGUUCCGAAGAACAACUAGUGGUACCCAGCUUUGCUGCCUCUUUGACGGCAACGAUUUAUAUCACGCGUUGGCGGCCGUGUCUACCGAAACAUCCAACCCGGAAGUCGCUGGUCAUUCUCAGGUGGAUUUGACGUUGCCUUUCCUCAUUUCUAGAAAUAACGGAAAUGCUGCCCCGCGCGCACAGAGCUGUCGCGACCACCAAAAAGCUCUAGUGGCGCUUGGCACCUUGAUUCAUGGGCUUUGGUUCGGCCAGCCUCUUGAAGCGCAACGUUCGUGGAGAGCCAACUUUGGCCCGGACGGACGGGAAACCGAGUUUACCAAGUUCAACGCCGCAGCUGCGUGGCAAGAGACGAUCGGUGCACAUGACGGACCGAUCAUGCACAACAUCACCCAGCGAUGCAUCUACGGUAACUUUGGGCCGACGUUGCUGAGUUUGGAAGACACUGAGCUGAUCAAGGCGGUUUAUGAGAACGUGGUGCUGAAGUUGCAGAUGCUGUGCAAAGUAUUUGAUUGA